GUCUACCAAAUCAGGAUCCAAAGCAUUGGAUCCCUUUUCUUUCUAAAUCUGCCACGUGGCAGCCCCCCAAACAAUUUCUCUUUCUUCUCUCUCUGUCCCCCCGUGAACCCCCCUUCCUUCUUCUUCUUCUUUUUCUGUCUGUCAUGUCUUUCUCUCCCUUCUCUCGGACCUCUCUCAGCUCCCUCAUCUCUCUUCUCAACCGCGAACGCACGCACGCACCCAUCUCCCCUGCGCGAGGAAGACCCCUCAUCGUCGCCAUCUCGUCCUUCUCCCUCUCUGUCCCGUGCUGCAACCCCAGGAAACCCGGAAAGGAACUCCGGCGAGUUCCUAUUUUCCCGGACGAAAUCGAAGCCGGGUGUAGGCACACCCAUCUCCGACGACUUUCGAGAGAAUUUCCGGCCAAACCACGACGAGUUGGCCGGCGUGCAAGUUUCCGGCGACCUCCGAGGCUUUCGAGGCAAUUUCCGGCCAAACCACGGCAAGUUAGACGUCGUGUGAGGGGCAAUUAUAGUGGCGUUUCUGUCUUCGCUAGCUGCGUGACUUUUCGACGGCGAAGUACUGAUUUAGGAUCGAGGCAUACAAUCCCGGCAUCCAGUCGGCGAAUCUUCCUCUGUUUGAAUUGUCACUUCUGGUUGAUAUACAAGAAGCCAUUCGUGCGAAUUGUGAAUGUCGACUUCCUUGUUUUGUGGAUUGUUCUGGACGAUAUUUUCAACUUUGUGAAGAAUGCAUGUGAAGUGCAUUCUCUGGGAAUGACAGGCAUAGUCGGUGUUACUUGGAAGCGACAUGUUUUUAGAAAUCUCAGUUUGAGGAAGUUUGGUCAAGACCAACUGUAA